AUGAGGACCGAGAACCAGAGUAGCAUGGCCGAGUUCCUCCUCCUGGGGCUCCCUAUUCGACCAGAGCAGCGGGGCAUGGUCUUCACCCUGUUCCUGGGCAUGUACCUGACCACGGUGCUGGGGAACCUGCUCAUCAUCCUGCUCAUCAGGCUGGACUCUCGCCUGUACACCCCCAUGUACUUCUUCCUCAGCCACCUGGCCCUCUCUGACAUUUCCCUUUCCUCUGUCACGGUUCCCCAAAUGCUGGGGAAUGUGCAGACCCAGCAACAAUCUCUCCCCUAUGAGGGGUGCAUUUCUCAGAUGUACUUUUUUGUUCUUUUUGGCUGUCUGGACAAUCUCCUUCUUGCAGUGAUGGCCUAUGACAGGUAUGUGGCCAUCUGUCACCCACUGCACUACGCUGCUGUCAUGAGGGAGGAGCUGUGCGUCUCAUUAGUGGCCGGGUCCUGGUUCUUCUCCUGCGUCCAUGCCCUGUUGCACACCCUCCUCUUGGUCCAGCUGUCCUUCUGUGCUAACCAGACCAUCCCCCACUUCUUCUGUGACCUUACCGCCCUCCUGAAGCUGAGCUGCUCAGACAUCUCCCUCAAUGAGCUGGUCAUCUUCACUGAGGGAGGAAUGCUUUUCAUCCUGCCUUUGAGUAGCAUCCUGGGCUCUUACGUCCGAAUAGGGAUGACUGUCCUGAGGGUCCCCUCCACCAAGAGAUUCUUGAAGACUUUUUCCACCUGUGGCUCCCAUCUCUUUGUGGUGUCUUUAUACUAUGGGACACUUGCAGGUGUUUAUUUUUUCUCUUCGUCACAGAACUCCAGUGACAAGGACAUUAUCUCUUCUAUCAUUUAUACAGUAGUGACACCCAUGUUGAACCCCUUCAUCUACAGCCUGAGGAACAGAGACAUAAAACAGGCCCUGGACAUAUUUGUUAGUAGGGCUAACUUCUUUAAGUGA